ACGCCCUUUUAGCGCGCGUUGAUUUGCAAACCGGGCAAGGAAGGGGGCGGGCCGGGCAGUCCUGCGCGGUGGUUGCAAUUGUGCAAAGUUGCAUGUGAACAUUUCUUUUGCAAAACAAACUGUGCAAGGAAGAGGCUCUUAUUUUUAUUUAUUUUAUUUUAUUUAUUUAUUGUUUAGGCUUAUAUACCGCCCUAUCCCCAAAGGGAUCACCGUUGUUGCAAUAAUAGAGCCAGAAGAGGGUCGCUUAUGGGGGACGAGGAGCCCGAGCUGCACGGCAUCGAGGAUGAAUUCGACCAGCAGUUUGCAGACGAGUUGGAUGUCCUGGCUGAGCUGGAAGGAAAACAGCCUCCGGCUCCAUCCCAUAAAUUAUCUUCAUUUCGAAACCAAAAGAAGAGGACUUUUGAAGAGGCUCUCGCAGCUGGGGAUCUGGGGAAGGACUCCGUGGCUCCAGUCCGCCGGCCGCGCUUGAAAAAGGAGUCUUGCAGCCAGACCUUCCCCAAGGAGACCUGUGACGAUGCUCCCCUGGAACCCGAAGAUGUCCCCACGUUCAACAGGGUUGAGGACGAUUUGGGGGCUCUGCUCCUCCAGGAGGCUGAGGGGGCUCAGACUCCCAGGCCAAAGCGACGUUGUCUCGAAGCGGUAAAGAAGCUGGACUUUGGAGUGAAAGAGAAGACAGCCCUUGAAGUCCGUCCAAAGGAUGGAAUUGCCUCGCCUUCAGGAGCCUGUUCUGAAAGCCAAGAAUCCAGGACUCCGAGGCGUGUGGUCCUAGAUAGCUUGGGGGAGAGCGACAUGCUUCUGCUACAGGCCACACCGCCAGAGGAGGGCGCCCCAAGAAAAGUGCUGAAGCGCCCGCCCAUCCUGGAGGACUACAUCAACGUGACUUCAACCGACGGGACUCGAGUCUUCAUGGUUGUGAGGGAGAAUUGCUCUUGGACAGGGGUGCAGCCCUCCAGUUCUCUAGGAUGGAACAGACAGAGACCCCUUUAUUUAUUGGGGAUGCCUUUCUCCUACCUCAAAGAACAGGUGGCUGAGGAGCGCCGGAGGCGGAUUCGUGAAUCUUCACGGCGACUGACGGAGAUUCUGGACAGCUGUCUUGAAGAUGAGAGAAUCGAAACCGAGGCCACAGAGCCCGGGGAAGAAGGCGGCAGCGGUGGUGCAGUGAAAGAGGACGAGUCGGCCACGGGGUCCCUGUGGGUUGACCGUUUUGCUCCCAAGGACUACGUGGAAUUGCUCAGUGAUGUGUACACGAACCGCUGCCUUCUGAAAUGGCUGAAACUGUGGGAUGUCGUCGUGUUCGGGAAGGACAAGCCCGCCAAGAAGGCCAAGCCGAGCGCGGAGGCCCAGCCGCCCUCCAAGCGGCCCAAAGAUUGGCCGGGCACGUGGAAGACCAAGGCCCAGCUGACGGAGGAGUCCCUGGAGGCAGAACUGGACCAGCACAACCGACCCAAAUUCAAGGUUGCCCUCCUGUGCGGCCCCCCUGGCUUGGGCAAGACCACCCUGGCGCACAUCAUCGCAAAGCACGCUGGAUACAACGCAGUGGAGAUGAAUGCCAGUGAUGACCGCAGCCCAGACAUCUUUAAAACUCGGAUAGAAGCUGCUACCCAAAUGAGGUCUGUGCUGGGAGCCCACGAGAGGCCGAACUGCCUGAUUAUCGAUGAGAUCGACGGCGCCCCCGUGGCCUCUGUCAACGUGCUGCUGAACAUCGUGAACUGGAAGGGCACGGAGGCAGAAGGCGCUGCCGGUGCGGCAAGUGGGCGGAAGAGGAAGCAGGAAGGCGGCGUCCUUCUGCGUCCGAUUAUUUGCAUUUGCAAUGACCAGUACGUCCCUUCCCUGCGGCAGCUACGGCAACAAUCUUUUCUUCUUCACUUCCCCUCGACGGAUCCAUCCAGGUUGGCCCAGAGACUGCAUGAGAUUGCUGUCCAACAAGGCAUGAAAGCCGACACAGGAGCACUUCUGGCUUUGUGCGAAAAGACUGAGAACGACAUUCGCUCCUGCGUUAACACCCUGCAGUUUCUACACAGUCGGGGCCAGAAAGAGGUGACUGUGCGGACGGUGCAGACCACAAACGUUGGCAUGAAAGACCAGAACAAAGGGCUGUUCUUCAUCUGGCAGGAAAUUUUCCAGCUCCCAAAGAUUCAAAGGCACCGGAUAGGGAUGGACGCUUCAAAUCCAGUCUCCGUUCUUGUGAGCAGUGGGGAUGUCCCGUUUGGCUCGGCCACCGUCCAAACCUCCCUGAACGCCACUGCGCAGAGAUUCCACCGCAUCUUGCAUCUCGGCUCGUCCUCCGGAGAACAUGAAAAACUUACCCAGGUAUUCAUUUCAGGGGCAGGCCCCCACUGCAGACGCCUGCUCAAUUCUGGUACCUUUCCUUUGCCUUCCAGUCCUCGAGCUCGUUGUCGCAAAUCUCUCCUGCUAACAAUGAAGAAGAAGAAGAGUUUGGAUGUAUAUCCCCCUCCUUUCUCUCCUGGCUUGUUCGACAACUUCCUGAACAUGAAGGUGAAGGACUCCAGUCUCGGCUCGGUCUGCCUGGCCUUGGAGUGGCUGGGCUUCUCCGAUAUGUCGCUCAGAGUCGUGCUGCACCGGCAGAACUUCCAGCUGAUGAGAUACCAGCCCUUUCUCCCAGUGGCCUUCCACAUGCUUUUCGCUGCGUCCAGCAUACCCAGGCUGGCGUACCCAAACAGCCAGAAUGAGGCUCUGGCUAAACUGACUCAGGUGCAGAACCUUGUGGCUUCGAUGAUCUCUGGGAUCACGCCAAACUUCCGCAGCCGCGUGGGGUCCCAGUCUCUCGUUCUUGAGGCUCUUUGCCUCCUCUUGGACAUCAUCUCUCCAAAACUCAGACCGGUGAACACCCAGCUGUACAGCCGGAAGGAGAAGCAGCAGUUGUCUGAGCUGAUCAGCACCAUGCUGGCAUACAAUCUCACUUACCACCAGGAGCGGACCCCUGACGGGCAGUAUGUCUACAAACUGGACCCAAACGUGGAAGAAAUCUGUCGAUUCCCAGACCUCCCUGCUCGGAAGCAGCUGACCUACCAGGCCAAGCAACUCAUCGCGAGGGAAAUCGAGCUGGAAAAGAUGAGGCGGACGGAAGCCGCACUCCAGGCGCGCAACUCCAGCCAGGAGCUGGCAGGGAGCCCAGUGGCCAAAGAAGCGAGCCAGAAGGCUAGCUCCCUGUCCCAGGCGCGGAACCACGAGCAAAGGCUGGACAAGAUUGUGAAGAGAGCCACGUUUGCGGAGAAGCCAGAAACCGAUUUCUUUGGCCGUGUAAUUGUCAAGAAGAAUGUGUCUCCUUCAACAGCAGACAACCAAAGACCUGAAAAAAACACAAACGAAAAACGAGUCGGGAGGGCCGUUGGAGCGAGCGACGUCUGGUUCCGGUUUAAUGAAGGUGUCUCCAACGCCGUCCGGAGGAAUAUUUACAUUAAGGAUUUGAUCUAGCGAUAAAACCUUUAAGAUUCGUAUAUGCAGCCUGUUUGGCCCUGCGCAAUGCAACUGGACACAAAUCUUACUCUUGUUUGUAUCUAUAUUUUUGUUUGUAAAAAGUAAUAAAUCCGAAACGUGCAUUUA